AUGUCUUCCACCAAGCGUGCGCUACUGAUUGCAAGUCCCUAUGGGGAUCUCGAGGGGCCAGAAAACGAUGUUGAAAUGAUUUCCAAAGUCCUCCAAAAACGGGGAUUCCAAAUAUAUCAGUGUUGUGGCUCGGCAGCAACCCGCGAUGGCAUUUGCUCGGCUUGGCACGAUCUCAUAUCCCGAAUUUCACCUGAUGAUACAGUUGUCAUCUACUAUUCAGGACAUGGCGGAGAAGCUCUUUUGGCAAAGAAUGCAGAUGAGCGAGAUUCUGGUCAGCCAUGGCGACUACAAUUCAUUGUUCCAAUAGACUUCAAGGAGGUCUCUGGAGAGUUUCACGGGAUAUCAGAAGAGGAGCUGUCUCAAUGGCUGCUUGAUACUACAGACAAAACGCAGAAUGUUACCGUCAUCUUGGACUGUUGUCAUUCUGGUCGUAUGGUGCGUGAUUCUCGCUAUGUCAAAAAUGCUAGACGGAGGAACCUCCCUUCGACUCUUUAUCAUGAUAUCGCUGGCCACAUCCAGUCACUUCAAGAUAAUGGAUUGCUUCGAGAGCGAAUACAGCUGGGAGAUAAUCCUCACGCAGUGCGAAUUGCCGCCGCAGCACCUUGGGAAAGUGCGUAUGAAUACGAAAAUGAUUCGGGGUUGCAACUCGGCGCAUUGACUGAGGCUCUUGUUCGUGUGAUCGAGGAAACAGAUGAUGAUCACAUUUCUUGGAGAACCGUCAUGCUGCGUGUACAGGAAUUAGUCAAUAUGUCCUUUCCACAGCAGCAUCCACGAGUAGAAGGACCACACACUCGCUUUCUCUUCUCCCUGGAUGGCCGAGCCUCCACUUCUUUUCCCAUCAAACAAGAGGGUGACAGUACAGCUGUAAUCAAAGCUGGCAGAGUUGCAGGAGUCCGAGAGAAAAAUAUAUAUGCGGUUAUGCCGCCUGGAUCGGAAUAUGUCGAUUCACGCACUCAGAUUGCCACUGCAAUAGUCACAGAUGCUAGCGGAUUUGAUGCUGUCGCAGCACUGACUUGGAGGGAUGGGGUAUCUCAAUUGCCUGAUGGGGGUGCACUGGCCUUUCUCGUUGAAGAAGCUCUCUACAAAUGGCCAGUCUCUCUUACACCAGACAUUGCAACGCUUCGAAAGCAUAUUGAGCAAUCCAGGCUCAUCAGGUGUUGCUACGAUGACGAGGGGAGUCCUCUGGUUGAGAUUCGUCAGCAACAAGGCAAACUCACCGUGACCAACAAGUAUGGAGUGGAAAUUUUCUCGCAGCGGUUUUAUGGCAAAGAGCCUACGCCUUCUACGUACAAAGCAGCUGUUGAUGUUGCAGACCGAGUGGCUCGCGCGCAACACUUCCUGGUUCAAACGUGUGACAGUGCAGAGCAUUUACAGCAUGAUCUGGAAAUCAAGAUUGGCUUAGUGGACAACGGCCAUCAAGGAAGAAUCAUCGAUCCCACUGGCGAGGAUUUCAUCACUGAGAACUCCAAUAUCUUCAUAUCUUUGAAAAACCAUGACGACCAAAAUAGUCUGUUUGUGUCUGUUUUCGAAGUCGAGGUGAAUGGUCAGAUCAAUGCAGUGACCGAAAAUCCAGAUGGAAUCGAUUUGCCCCCGGGAUGGUCUCACACAAUCGGUAGUACCAAGGCCAAGCUUGAAGGGCUCAAGGUUAAAUGGCCACUCAAUAUUUCCAAACGACAGGCGGUCAUCGAUACCUUGGUUGUCGUGAUUUCAAGCCGUCCUGUUAACUUGCAAUUUUUGAUUAACUCGGAAAUCGCUACGCGACGGUCUGCCACAAAUCAGUCAUCUUUUGAGAGUCGCCUUCUCCGACUUGUGCAUGGUGUAGGCCGUCUUAUUGUGACUGAAAAAAACAUGUCAAAAACCCGUUAUGAUAUCGUUCAAUUGCCUUUCCUAUUGAAACCGGGUACUUCUAGUUCUUAG